UAAUGCCAACCAACCAAUUCUGAGGUCUUGAAUUAGCCAACCAAAGUUUUCACCUUUAAGCUACUCUCUCUACCUACCUACCCUUUACCUGUCACCAAUUCCAAUUUAAUGACUCUCUCUCUCUCUCUCUCUCUCUCUCUCUCUCUCUCUCUCUCUCUCUCUCUUUCUUCACUCUCAAUCUCAUCAUAGCUUAAAACAAUCCUCUCUCUCUCUCUCUCACUCACUACUAUCAUUUACAGGUCUUCUGUGACUACCCCAUUGAGGUGAUUAGCCUUCCAAUCUGAUUUGAGCCAUACCCAUCUUCAUAUUCUCACUCCCCAACCUAAAAAUAGCCAGAAGAGCCAAAUGGGUAGUGAUGGAAAGGUCUUCACUUUGGCCCAAGUUUCUGAACACAGCACACCAAAGGACUGUUGGCUAAUCAUUAAUGGCAAGGUGUAUGAUGUGACAAAGUUUAUGGAGGACCACCCCGGUGGUGAUGAGGUUUUGUUGUCAGCAACUGGAAAGGAUGCAACAGAUGAUUUCGAGGAUGUUGGUCACAGCGAUAGUGCCAGAGACAUGAUGAACGAAUACUACGUAGGAGAGAUCGACGCCUCAACUAUCCCGAAGAAGGUCACAUAUACACCACCAAAACAGCCUUACUACAAUCAAGACAAGACAUCCGAGUUUAUAAUCAAACUUCUGCAGUUCUUAGUUCCCCUUGCAAUCUUGGGUAUAGCCGUUGGCAUUCGGUUUUACACCAAAGCAACCUAAGCUUCUAUCGAUCGACAUCAAUCUAGUUAGUGUUUGUUUGGUGGUUAAAAGCUGGCUAUUAUUUGAGACUGUGUAUCAUUAUAUCUGUAUUGUAUUUGUUGCUUGUUGAAAGUUGGGUGGGAUAAGAAAGAACUAAGCUAAGUGUAACUUUGUAUGUCUAUCCUUUUUCUUCUCUAGAAUAAUGAAAUUUUUAUGACCUUAACUUAAUUCAUCCUUAUUGAAAAAAAAAAAAAAAAGAGUAUAAAUGGAGACUAUAUGGUACUGUGUUCAUUUCUAAUGUCUAUCCUCUCACUCUUAAAAAAUUAGUCUAUAGGCUUGUUUGAAAAACAAUUUGGUCAAUACUACCAUUGAUGCUACAUUUGGUACCUUUGAAUAAGAAAUUUAUUUUAGUUUGACACA